AAUAGUCACAUUUAAGGGUCUGCAGCCCAAUUCAUCAGCUUUCUCUAGUUUACUCAAUCAACAUCGACUACUAAUACACCUGAAAGAAGAUCUUGUCCCAAGAUACUGUACGUAAAGAUGAUAUCUGCAAAAGACAUGGCUAAAGUAAUGAUUGUCAUGUUGGCAAUUUGUUUUCUUUCCAAAUCGGAUGGGAUACCUGUUAAGAAGAGAUCUGUGAGUGAAAUACAGUUUAUGCACAACCUGGGCAAACAUCUGAACUCAAUGGAGAGAGUGGAAUGGCUGCGUAAGAAACUGCAGGAUGUGCGCAAUUUUGUUGCCCUUGGAGCUCCUCUGGCUCCCAGAGAUGGUGGUUCCCAGAAGCCUCGAAAAAAGGAAGACAAUGUCCUGGUUGACAGCCAUCAAAAAAGUCUUGGAGAGGCAGACAAAGCUGAUGUGGAUGUAUUAAUUAAAGCUAAAUCCCAGUGAAAACCGAUAUGGUCAGAGCACUGCUCGAGACAGUGUAGGGCAACAAUAUUACAUGCUGCUAAUUUUUCAAAGCUCUGUUGAGAUUACCGAGUGCCAAUAUUUCUAAUAUUACCAAACUACAUGUAAUCCAUUGUUAGCCAUGAUAGCUGCAAUUUUAAUUGAUUAUUUUGAUUUCACUUUUAUUCAUUUAAGAGCUCUUUUAAUUGUCCUAUUUCUAUUGUUUAUUCUUUUUAAAGUAUGUUGUUGCAUAACUUAUAAAAGAAUAAAAUCACACCUAUAAAUCUCUCUUCCACCUUACAAUGUAAAAUAAAAAUUUGGUGAUCAUAAUUCUAAAUAAAUGAAGUUAAAUAUCUCUCACU